AUGGCGAAGCGUGUGACGCUGCUCGAUCCCCCGCCGCAGGAUCAUUCCAAGGCGCCCAUCGAGAAUGUGCUUGAUUUGACCCCCGUCGUGGACCUCGGCCCAGACGUCUUCACCAAUACCCGACCGCUAUGGCACCCGCCCGGCGCGCGAGGCAUCUACGGCGGCGCCGCCAUCGCUCAGUCCCUGUCCGCCGCGAUGCGGACCGUCCCUGCCGAUUUUGCCGUCCAUAGCAUGCACUGCUACUUUGUUCUGGCCGGCGACUCCGAAAUCCCUAUCCUAUACCAUGUCGAACGGGUGCGCGACGGCCGGAGCUUCAUUACGCGCACCGUGCAGGCGCGCCAACGUGGCCGUCCGAUCUUCACGACUACGCUGAGCUUCAGCCGGGUCGGCAGUGGAGGCGAAAAGACCCUCAACCACGCCGUCCCCAAGCCAGAUAUUCCUCCGCCCCAACCGCCCAUCCCGGGAACUGUGAAGGCGCUCAGCGAUGCUGGGGGCGGCCCCUUUGAGUCCCAGAAGGCGGGGAUUGUCAACCGCGUCUCGAGUCCCGCGGACAAGAAGAUGCGUCGGUUUGUCCGGGCGCGCGGCCACAUUUCCGAAGAAGGUGGCUUCCAAGCCCACCUGUCGGCACUCGCAUAUGUGACCGACAGCUUCUUCAUCGGGACUGUUGCCCGAGUACACGAUAUCCCGCGAUUCUCAUCCCCGGCCGAGCUGGAGAAGUUGCUGAAGGCAUUGAAGAACCCCUCCGAUCUGGACGACGAAGAUAUCACCAAGGCAUUGAAGGAGUUGAAGGAGGAAGAGGCGGCGGAUCUGCGACGCCGACUGGAGGGGGCUCUCAGUGACGCUACGAAUGAGAAGGACCGCAAGGAGGUCGGCAUGAUGGUCAGCCUUGACCACUCGAUCUAUUUCCACAACCCGAGGGCAUUCCGAGCCGACGAGUGGAUGCUGAUUGAGAUGGAGAGCCCCUGGGCUGGCGAGGGCCGCGGAUUGGCCCUGCAGAAGAUCUGGUCGAAAGAUGGCGUGCUCAUUGCCACGUGCACUCAAGAGGUAUGUUUGAUUUCGACUCCAGGAGUGGCCGACUCUUAA